AUGCCUAUGAAACGGAAUACAGGAAGCCCGAUCCAGGAUGGACAAUUUCUUCAUGUUCAUCCACCAACCAUUACAUCCUGCGAUGCCUCUGAGGAGCUCAAGCACACCACUUUUUCUAACGAGAAAUUACGCUGUGAUUUCAAUGGACAUUCACUCUCAAAGUUUGACGAGGGAGGUGAUUUGGGAAUUAAAUCAGACGCAGAUGACGGCAAUGAGACCCCAUCUUCUGAGGAGGACCAGGACCUCCUUGAGUAUUCCAAACAUUUGGCUUUCAACCAGACGACCACAAGGAAAAGCAUCACUCAGAUAAUCAAGGACAAGAAGAAACAGACUCAGUUGACUCUUCAAUGGCUGGAGGAAAACUACAUUGUUUGUGAAGGGGUUUGUCUGCCACGUUGUAUCCUGUACGCUCACUACCUAGACUUCUGCAGGAAGGAGAAACUGGAUCCAGCCUGUGCUGCUACAUUUGGCAAGACAAUUCGGCAGAAAUUUCCACUUCUUACAACAAGAAGACUUGGGACCCGAGGUCAUUCAAAAUAUCAUUAUUACGGGAUUGGCAUCAAAGAGAGCAGUGCCUAUUAUAACUUGGUGUACUCAGGAAAAGGCUUGACGAGAUUUUCAGGGAGCAAACUAAAGAAUGAGGGAGGGUUCACUCGGAAAUACUCCCUCAGUUCCAAAACAGGAACAUUGCUUCCAGAAUUCCCAAGUCCACAGCAUCUAGUGCUUCAAGGUUUCGUCUCUAAAGAAAAGGUGGACACGCUCAUCGUGAUGUACAAAACACAUUGUCAGUGCAUCCUGGACAAUGCCAUCAAUGUCAACUUUGAAGAGAUACAGAAUUUCCUGCUGCAUUUCUGGCAAGGAAUGCCCGACCACCUCUUACCCCUGCUGGAGAACCCCAUUAUCGUGGACAUCUUCUGUGUGUGUGACUCUAUACUCUAUAAGGUUCUGACAGAUGUCCUGAUCCCUGCUACGAUGCAGGAGAUGCCUGAAAGUCUCCUGGCUGACAUCCGUAACUUUGCCAAGCACUGGGAACACUGGAUGGUGUCUUCUCUGGAAAACCUCCCAGAAUGCCUCUCAGAGAAGAAGCUCCAGAUCGCACGCAGAUUUGUGUCCUCUCUAAAGCGUCAGACCUCCUUCUUACACCUUGCCCAGAUUGCAAGACCAGCUUUGUUUGACCAGAAUGUGGUGGACUCCAUGGUGGUGGAUAUAGAUAAAGUGGAUUUGAACAGCAUAGGGUCACAAGCCCUUCUCGCCAUCUCAAGUGGUGACCAAGACUCUGACCUCUACUCUGAAUAUGACUCAAUAACAGUGUUCCAAGAGCUGAAAGACCUACUGAAGAAGAAUGCCACUGUGGAAUCCUUUAUCGAGUGGCUGGACACUGUUGUGGAGCAGAAGGUCAUUAAGCCCGGGAAGCAGAACGGACGGUCCAUAAAGAAGAGAGCUCAGGACUUCCUCCUCAAGUGGAGUUUCUUUGGAGCACGCGUUAUGCACAACCUCACGUUGAACAACGCCACCAGUUUUUGUUCGUUCCAUCUAAUCCGCAUGCUGCUGGAUGAGUAUAUCCUACUGGCUAUUGAGACACAAUUCAACAACGACAAAGAACAAGACCUCCAGAAUCUCCUAGAUAAAUACAUGGGAAAUGCAGAUGCCAGCAAGGCGGCAUUCAAUGCCUCCCCCAGCUCUUGUUUCCUGGCCAACCGUAACAAGCCCAGCGCGGUGUCCGGUGAUCUGUCUGUGAAGAAUGAGUCCCUCUCAGAACACGCAUACAUGACCCUGUCAGCCAAUCAUCAGCAUGCGCUGGGAGCAAACAUGGCCAUCUACCAGGGCUCUGAAACCGAUGGAUUCUCCCUAUCAGGACAAAUAGACUUUUCCCAAAACAGUGGCCCUCUGAUGACCCCUCCCAUCUCCCCAGCCAUGGUGAACAGGGGCAGUGUCAUCAACCAGGGCCCCAUGGCCAUCAGACCCCAGAGCACCUGCACCACCAUCCAGCCCCACAUCUCCUGCCAAGCCUUCCCAAACACCAUGUACCAGAGCCUCCCUCCCAGCAGCCCCAGCUACUACCCCAUCACCUCCAACUACCAGGAUGUGUUCAGGCCCCAGACACACGCCCAGGCCCCGGCCUACCACACCCACUCCGACAGCAGCCACUACCCAUCCUUCAGUGAGCAGCACCUGGCCAAAGAUUACUUCAACAGCAGCUGUGCAGUGUCCCCCUACAGCUCCAGACACUCCUCCAAUUACAGCACAGCCCCUGAUCCUGGGAUGGAGACUCAGGGAGUUGAGCUACUGGACUCUGGAGGAUACAACUUUGUUGGGAGUGGGUUAAACAGUAGUGGCUGUCAGGAGUCUGCCUACUCAGCAGCAGGACACAAUGGGUACUAUGGAAAUAGUGGCUACCUGGAUAGCCAGAGGCUGGGUUCCAUGAUAAACCAGCAUGUGUCAGUUAUCAGCAGUGUGAGCAGUAUUCGCUCAGUCUCAGCGUAUGGUGAAGUACACGACCCCCUCAACAUCCUGGAUGACACGGGCAGAAAGACGGUUGGGCCUUACUACACUGAGUCUGACUCACUGGGCUCGUGCACACCUGGAGUUGUCUCUGCUGUAGCUCCUCCCCUCCCCUCCUCGGUCUCCGCACCCUGCAUGUACGGAGGUCCUGCCCAGUUCCACUCCCAGGAUGCACUGCUUCCUCACCGGGCACCAUCUGCGGUACAGGACAUGAUGUCAUCGCUGCCUCCCAUCAACACUGUGUUCAUGGGGUCUAGUGGAGGAGGAACGUGUGCCGUGACCUUCCCUCCAACCACCAACACUCCUCAAGGUCCUCCCACACCACUCAGUCACUGUAAGCAGUGA